GAUCGAGUAGUGUGUUUCUGCAGGGAAGUGAGUUACUGUACGCACACACACACGCGCGCGCGCGCGCCCACACACACACACACACACACACACACACAGGGACAAUGGAUCGGAGGAGGAUCAGGGUGCUCCUGGUGGAGGACGAGGAGAUCCACAGGGUUGUGGCGAGAGCGGUGCUGAGGGCGGCCGGCGUGGAGGCGGACGAGGCGGAGAACGGCGCCGAGGCUGUGCGGCGCGUGCGGGAGCGCGUCGGAGGCGCCGGCGCCGGCGCGUACGACCUCAUCCUCACGGACAAGCAGAUGCCGAUCAUGGACGGCCACGAGGCGACGAGGCAGAUCCGGGCCAUGGGGGUGACCACGACCAUCGUCGCCGUGUCGAGCGACAGCCUCCCGUCGGACGUCCAGGCCUUCAUCGCCGCCGGCGCCGACGACUUCACGCCCAAGCCGCUGACCAAGGAGAAGCUGAGCCACAUUCUCUCCAAGUUCGGGCUUGCGUAGCGGCCAUUAGUCAGUACAGUAGAAUCUACUUAGCUUGGUUCAGGACUUCAUGGUUCUCCACUUCUCCUUCUUCCGGUACAUGGAUUCGUGCUAUUUAUGUCCUUUUUUGCUUCGCUCAUGUAAAUAUAGUGUAUGGAUUAUCAGUGAUGAAUGGAUUAGUGCUAUUAUUUCCUCCUUGUUUGCUCAUGUAAAUAUAGUGUAUGGGUUAUUAGUGAAUUGAUUAACUCAAUGCUAUUACUUCCUCCUUGCUUCGCUCAUGUAAAUAUAGUGUAUGGAUUAUUAGUGAAUGGAUUAACUUAAUGCUAUUA